UUUCUUGGACAGCAUCCGAUCGGCGACAUACCACGUUCCUGCCCGAUCCUCCUCGGAUAUCAACCAUUUCCGGGAGGCCAGGUUCCUCGGGCAACAGCAAGCCAAACCAGUCGCCUGGAGCAAUCGACGGCGUUAACUCCGACCAUCAUACACCACUCCUCCCUUCCCACUCAGUCGCUCAAACACCUCUCACACCAUGACCAACCCAAACCCAUUUCCACGCCGGAUGUCUUCCUUUGCCUCGGCCAACAAUGGCUCUCGUCCCGUUCGAUCCGCCGGUUUCUCCCACUUGCUGAACCCAUCCCCCGACAGUGGCGGCCAUGGGAAUGGCGCCGGUUCGCACGCCGGCGCGCCCUUCUCCUCACUCGAUGCUGGCGCCCCACACUCGGGGAAUACUCCUCAUGGGCUGGACGAGGGGGGCGGCUCGCACCGGACGUCUGGUGGUAGCUUGCCGUCAUUCUCUCGCGCCUUCGACAUGUUCACGAGCAAGGAGCCGUUACUGGCGGGGCCGAAUGUGACAUAUAGCGGAGUCGGACCCUCGGCCAGUGUCAGCAAGACGGGGUUCCUUUCGCCUUCGUACCUGCGAGGAUCCGGUUAUAUAGAAAAGCUCGCGGAACAACACAAGGCCAAGCUCUUGGCUGACAGAGAAAUUACCAUGUCCAAGGGGCCAUCUGGAACGGUAUUUACCGGGAAUACGGGGAACACGGAAAAUAGGUCUGCGACGCUUCACACCAAGCUCCCAUCCGGCACACACAGAGGUGUGGCGUUGAAUUUGAUAGAGCGCCCCCCCGCAUCAGCUGAAUUCGAAGAUGUCGUCAGCCCGCUCCCCACUCGAUGGAACAGUGACGACAAGGACCAUACUGUGGAGGUGUUUGGCGAUGGUUACGAAGUAAAAUACACAGGCUCAAAGGGGUCAGAACACGAAGCCGGCGCGAUACGAGCGGAUAACCCUAUGCCCACGCAGUGUGGUGUAUACUACUUUGAGAUCAUGGUACUCAACAAGAAGCGAGAAGAAAAUAUCAUCGCUAUCGGGUUCGAAACUCGAAAGGCAUCCUUGUCGAGGUUCCCGGGCUGGGAGGGGGAGUCUUGGGCCUAUCAUGGCAACGACGGAAAAAUCUUCGCCUCGGGGAGCAAUUCGGGCAGAUCAUACGGCCCAAUGUACGGCGCCGGCGACACAGUGGGCUGCCUAGUGAACUUUCGGACAAAUCAGGUCUUGUUCACGAAAAAUGGCGACGAACUAGGGAUCGCGUUUAAGGACCCAAUCUUUAAAGAUACUACCAAGAAUUUCUAUCCUGCCGUGGGGCUGAAAAGGCCUGGGGAUCACAUCUGGGUUAAUUUUGGUCAAGUUCCCUUCCAGUUCGACAUCGACGGUUACAUGAAGAAACAACAAAAGAUGGUCGCAGACAAGAUAAGAAGCACGGAUACUGCUAACCUCGCGCCUCCUCUAAACGAUACUGAGCUCAUUCAGCAACUUGUUUUGCAAUUCCUUCAACACGAUGGUUAUGUGGGAACUGCCCGCGCGUUUGCCGAAGAGAUACACAUGGAAAAGCAGGCUCUCAACAUGGACGCCGACGUUCCGGUUGAGGGCGUCAAUAUCAAGGAUGAUGAAGAUGCAAAUAACAGGCAACAAAUUCGCCGUGCCAUCCUCGAAGGCGACAUCGACCAGGCUCUCAGCUACACCAAUCAAUUCUACCCCAAGGUGUUGGAAGAGAAUGGACAGGUCUACUUCCGGCUACGCUGUCGCAAGUUCAUCGAGAUGAUCCGAAGGGAGGCGGAAAUGAACCGUUCACUACAAGAGGCCGGAGUGAAGGCUAAGAGCACCUCUCAGGCUCGACCCCAUCCUGGGAAUGACACGCAACGGACAUACAAUCAGCAUCCAGGCGGCGGGGAGGACGAAAUGAUGACGGAGGGCGAAGAAGAGAUGAUGGACACCGGAGAGGAUGGUACCGAGGAGUACUCGCAGAGGACAGGCAACCCCGAGGACGAAACCAUGGCGAUGAGCGCUGCCGGCGUGAGCGAGCUAUGUCAGGAUGCGCUGGAAUACGGCCAAGAGCUGCUGGACGAGUUCAAGAAUGACCCAAGCCACGAAGUCACCAAGCAUCUCAGGGAAAUAUUUGCGCUGAUGGCGUACCCGAAUCCUCUUGAAGUGAAGGAGGUCGCGCAUCUCCUGGAUCGAAAGGGGCGCGUUGCUGUGGCCGAGGAGUUGAACUCCGCCAUAUUGACAUCUCUCGGCAAGUCUUCUCGCGCAGCGUUAGAGAACCUCUACGCCCAAACAACGGUCCUCCUCGAAGAUCUUAGGAAGGACGGAGGUGACGGUGCGUUUGUCACCAUUCAGAGCGUCUUUGACGAAAUACCCAAGGCACAGAUAAUAUAGGAUUGGGAAAGUGUCUUAAAGGCAGUUCGUUAGUACACGGAUCAGAAACAGAAACAGAAGCAGGAGCAGGGCGAAGAUCAAGGCGAAGAUCAGGGCGAAGAU